GCCAAUGGCGGACAGCCUGAGUCACUGGCAGGUCUGACAGCAGACAGCUGGGUUUUAUUCUCCAUCCUCAGCUCUGCCUCUGCAGCCAACAUGGCCGAAUCCACUGGGAACGACAAGGCAGCGGUGCGCAUCGGAUAUAUAACCCGAGUCCAGAGCUUCAGCGCCUGCCACAGACUCCACAGUCUUCACCUGAAUGACGAGGAGAAUAAAGAAGUUUACGGAAAGUGCAACAAUCCCUAUGGUCAUGGACACAACUACAAGGUGGAGGUGACUGUGCGUGGAAAAAUUGAUCCUGUAACCGGCAUGGUCAUGAACCUGACGGACCUAAAGAGGUGUAUUGAGGAAGUCAUCAUGAUUCCUUUGGACCACAAGAACCUGGAUAAAGAUGUUCCUUAUUUUACCAAUGUAGUCAGCACGACAGAAAACCUUGCCGUUUAUAUCUGGGAUAACAUGGUGAAGGCUCUUCCCGCCAACCUGCUCUACGAGAUCCGGAUUCAUGAGACGGAUAAGAACAUUGUUAUAUAUCGAGGGGAAUAGAUAGCGCUGACUGAUGCAAAGCUUAGCACUGUUGUUGUGACUCUUACAUUCCAAAUAUUCAACAAUUUUUGAUAAAGUUUUAUUUUUACAAAGUGAUCACUGAGAUGAACAACCUCACUUCUUUAUGGAAGUGUCUUUCUAACCAGAAAGUCUGAUCUACAUAUAAAUAACUGUAAUUCAUUUAGAAUGGGCAGCUAAUACUUUUAUUGUAAACAUUCAGUCUUCAGGCUUCAGUCUUUUUCAGUAGGUUUGGAAGUCUAUGAAUUUAAUUUUUGUAUUUAUAGAAUUUUCCUUUAAUAGACAAACUCACAUAUUUUUCUGAAAAAUUACAGAACCAGAUCAGCCAGAUUUACAGCGACAAUUAGCAGCUGUUUUUUUUUUUAGCACUGUACCUUUUGAUUGAAUUUGCAGUUUUUUAAUGAUCACUGUUGUUAUUGUGAAACACUUUGGUGAACUCUUGUUGUUGAAUCAUGCUAUAUAAAUAAAACUGAGAUUGACACUAACA